AUGGUGAUGAUCAGUGAGUUCGGUUGGGCCACAUUUGGCCAUUUCCGGCCUUUCUGCACAAGGGUUCUCUGUUUUCGUGAGAGAAUGGCAAUGGGUCAUUGUAAAAUCUUGGUAUUUCUAUCCUUCGAUGGACUUGUGGGAAUGAUUUCAUUGAUAUCCUUCCUUUCAGCCAUGGCAUUUGGAUAUAUGUAUUUAUUUCCCACUUUUAGCCCAGUGAUUCGUAGUUAUGAAAUUCCAGAGUCCAAUGUAUCUAAUGGUACAUGCGAUGUUUUUUAUGGAAGGUGGAUCCAUGAUGAAAGUUAUCCUUUAUAUGAUUCCUCAAGAUGCCCAUUUGCAGAACUUGGAUUCAAUUGCUUGGCUAACGGGCGGAAAGAUAGCGAUUAUACAAAAUGGAGGUGGAAACCGCAGAAUUGUGAUAUUCCAAGGUUCAGUGCUGGUGCGAUUCUGGAGAAGCUUCGUGGGAAAAGAGUCAUUUUUGUAAGUGAUUCAUUGGGUAGAACACAGUGGGAGUCUUUGAUAUGUUUGCUUAUGACAGGGGUGGAGGAUAAGAAGAGUGUAUAUGAAGUCAACCGGGUAACUUGA